AUGCCUUGGCCGAGUGAUCCGCCCACACAUCCCAGACCCAGCCAAUCUACCAGCACCGGCGAAGGUGCGCUUUUCGGACACUGGCACCUCAAGGGCGUUGCAGGGGCCCUGUCGCCGACUGCUGCUGCUCGGUUACCAGGGCCGGAGCGCACCAGAAAUCCACGAUGCGGCUGUCUGGAAGCGUAUUGCCGGGAUCCCAAUAAGAUGCCUCCUCUCGGAUAUGCGAUCGAUCGAGCUCCUGCUGAGCACCUCCUGCAAGAAGCUAGCUGGCAGGAACUGUGGGAAGGGCCAGAGAUCCGCCGACGGUGCCGUUGCUCACCAAGAUCACCUCAAAUGGCUGACGAAGGAUUCUGCAGGGGGGCAAACGCUUGGGAACAGCCAGAUGCUGGGGUUUCCGAAGGGGACAGACGUGAGACGACCCAGAAACCAUUGCCCCAUUCUUCGCUUUAA